ACAGGUGCGAGGUCCGGAAGGCACAAACCAAUCGGCUGUAGUUGCGACCUGUGGGGGCAGGCCUCGGCCAAUAAGGAGGCUCGAGUGACGUCUUUGAGCGCCAAUAGGGAGUGACGGAGCUUGCGUGCCCGCCCACCCUUCCGGCCGGAGCUCUAUUUACCAGGGGCGUGCAGCGCGUCUGCCAAUCGGAGCGCGGCUGAGCGGCCCGGCAGCCAACCCCGGAGGAGCGGCCGGCUGGCGUCUGCCGCACCCAGGAGUUGGGGAUGUCCUACAAACCCAUCGCUCCCGCCCCCAGCAGCACCCCCGGCUCCAGCACCCCUGGGCCAGGCACCCCGGUACCUACAGCCGGAAGUGUUCCAUCGCCGUCGGGCUCAGUGCCAGGAGCCGCUGCCCCUUUCAGACCACUCUUUAAUGACUUUGGACCUCCCUCCAUGGGCUAUGUGCAGGCGAUGAAGCCACCUGGUGCCCAGGGCUCUCAGAGCACCUACACGGACCUGCUAUCGGUCAUAGAGGAGAUGGGUAAAGAGAUUCGGCCCACCUAUGCUGGGAGCAAGAGCGCCAUGGAGCGCCUGAAAAGAGGCAUCAUCCAUGCCCGGGCCCUGGUCAGAGAGUGCCUGGCAGAGACAGAGAGAAACGCUCGCACGUAACAGGAAGCACCUUGGCCUCAGCGUCUGGACCUUUCCGGCCACUGCAGAGCACCUGCUUCUCCCUGGCCUUUGCCCCAAGUUGCACCUCCUAUCCUGGGCUUCCUGUCUUGUCCCUUGGUGGGUGCCCUCCAGGAACCAGGGAUGGACUUUCACUCCAGUGGGCAACGCUAACUGGGCUCCUCCCCCUGCAAGAGUUAGCUGCCAGGUCACUGUGAGUCCCACCCACUACCUGCCAGCAGCAGUGUUGGUCCCACUGGAGCGUUCUCCUUUCUUGGCCCCUAUUACUCUGCACUUACUUCUCACCACUUUGUCCCAGGCCUUCUCUUCCAGAAGGAGCUUAGAAGGCCUGUCACCUCCCUGCCUUGUCUCUGGGGCCAUAUUGACUCUUUUCUCAGUGUAUCUUUUGCUAAAUAUGCCCUUUUUAUAUAAAUAAAAAGAUGAUUUGGAGUUGUUCUCUCA